AUGGUGGAGCCGUUUCGCAGACAAGCGAUGUUUGAGAGUCGUGAGGACAGGAUGAAUGAAGUGGCAUUUGUCUCACCCCCACCACAACCUCAACCCCAUUCCGAAGGUUAUGAGAAUUUAACUCAUCGGGCUAGGGCGAGUGGCGGUGAUCGUGGUGGGGGUGGUGACUCUGGUGCUGGGCAUCGUACUCACCUGUGUGCCCUGGCUGGACUACAUAAUCUUCAAGCAGUUUUGAAAGUCCAAGAUGCAACCUCAAGCAACAUUUGCCGUCAACAAACACCAGGCGAUCUUGAAGUGUCGGAAAGUGCCCUCCGCUCGCACCCGCAAGAGGCCAAAGGUGUCACCGCGAAUGGCGGGCGCAGCGUGGGCGAUGGCGGAAACGCUGGCUCACUCGAUGAGUUGGCAAGGACGGACGAGGAAGAAGCGGGGUCAAUUCGAGCAGAUCUCAAGGCCACGGACGUGGGAAAUUAUUUCAGUGAACGACCCUCAACAAUCAUGGUGGCUGAGAAAACAAAGAAAGUAUGUUAUCUCCCUGAAACACGAUGUGAAUUGUCAACAGACAUGCUACGUGCCUGGAUUCACCUGCGCCUCUGGAACGACACCUUAAGCUACCAGUACUGGCAGAAGCCCGGGGUGACGCGGCUGACCAAGGUGUUCGUGUUCAACGUGACCAACCCCGAUGGCUUCCUCAACCACGGCGAGAAACCGCGCCUCGUCGAGGUGGGGCCGUUCGUCUACCGAGAGCAGCAGCGAAAUGCAAUACGUCUGAAGGUCCUUCUGGCAAAGGAGGGGUGUCGAAGGACUGAAAUUGGUGAACAAGAACACGACAUAUCACCUUGA